AACAAAAGAAAGGCCACAACAGGAAGAACAUUCAGCGUAUCCAGGUGACAGGAACAAAGACAAAGAAAAAGAAACAAGGACAAUGUUGGCCAUUUUGAUUACCUUGCUACUGGGCCUCCUGAUUCUAGGCUUUCUGAAACAGCACUGGUCACGCAGGUCCUACCCUCCUGGGCCUUUUGAGCUACCCCUCAUUGGAAGUAUUUGGCGAUUAGUCUACAAGUUUUCGAAAGAUAUUCUAUUUAAGCUGGCCAAACAACAUGGAAACAUUUACACCUUGUGGCUGGGACCCGUACCUAUAGUUGUCCUGUCUGGGUAUGAAGCAGUGAAAGAAGGGCUGAUAAACCAUUCAGACGACUUUGCUGAUCGGCCAGUGACCCCAGUGAUGAAAGCUAUAGGAAAGGAACGGGGUAUUGCACUGUCAAACGGUCACACCUGGAAGCAACAGAGGAAGUUCGGGCUAGUCACCAUGCGGAAGCUGGGACUGGGGAAGAAAGGCAUGGAGCACCAAAUCGAAGAGGAGGCCCAUCAGCUUGUCGAGACUUUUGCACGUGCGAAGGGGCAGCCAUUUGACCCAUCAGUGCCCAUCACUAAUUCUGUUUGCAAUGUGAUCUCUGCUGUGGCUUUUGGACACCGGUUUUCUGCUGAAGAUAAAGAAUUCCACAAGCUGCUAGAUGCUAUUGAGUAUAUCCUAACAUUUGUAGGUAGCAUCACUUAUGCUCUGUGUGAAAUUUUCCCGUGGCUCAUGGAAUGGCUCCCAGGGCCUCACAGGAAGGCCCUUGCCUACGCAGAGGCCAUACUUUCAUUUUCAAGGAAGGAGAUAGAAAACCAUAAGGAACAUCAGGCCAUGCAUGAGCCGCAAGACUUGACUGAUUUUUACCUGCUUCAGAUGGAGAAAAGCAAGAAUGACCCCAACUCUACUUACAAUGAAAGCAAUCUGUCUCAGUGUAUUGUGGACUUCUUCAUAGCAGGAACAGAAACAAUGUCCUUGUCAUUGCGAUGGGCGCUGCUCCUCAUGGCAAAUCAUCCAGACAUCCAAGAGAAAGUCCACAAGGAGAUCGAAGAGGUUUUGGGUUCCUCUCAAUCAUUCAGUUACCAAGAUCGGAAGAAAUUGCCCUACACUAAUGCUGUAAUUCAUGAGAUCCAGCGUUCCCAAUAUGUCUUAACAUUUGGCAUCCCCAGACUAUGUACAAAGGAUAUUAAAAUAUUUGGUUUUUCCAUUCCAAAGGACACCAUGAUUUUUCCAGAUCUCCGCUCUGUUCUUAAUGAUCCUAAGCAAUGGGCGACACCCCAGGAGUUCAACCCAGAUCAUUUUUUGGAUAAGGAUGGGAAUUUUGUGGAAAGGGAAGCAUUCCUUCCAUUUGGUGCAGGGGCCCGUGUCUGCCUGGGAAAGCAGCUGGCCAGGAUCGAGCUCUUCAUGUUCUUCACCACACUGCUGAAAGCAUUCACCUUCCAACUACCAGAAGGAGUCAAAGAGCUCAGCAAAGAACCUAUAGUUAGGGUAUCUCUGGCUCCCCAAGCUUAUAAGCUCUGUGCUAUUCCCCACUGCAGAGCAUAAUAAACUAUACCAAGUGGAGUGGCUCAUCUGUUACUGUCAAUUUCUCCGUCAUUUGUUGCAUAAGAACAUAAGAAGAACUCUGCUGGAUCUGAGCAGUGGUCCACCU